UUAUUUGAGUUUCUUUUGUCUAUCACUCUAUCAUGAGAAAACCGACCUUUACAUGAUCCAUCCAAACCCGUUAAAGACCGGAACGCCAAAACCCUUCUUAUACCCUUGUCUUCUCACGCCUACGAUUUUGAAUUUUCUCACUUCUAACAUAGCAAAAUGAAUUCUGCCGCAUCAAAACUCGUCAAGCUCCUACGAAUCUCUCCUGCCACGAAACCCACUUCUUCACUUGUGAUGGGUGUACAUGGAAGUUCGAGAUUGUUCUACUCAACUAGUCCAUUUCAUAGUGACACUGACAAUGCUGAUGACAUUGACAGUGUAGAAAUUGAUGACAAUGAUUUUGUACCUGAGAGGCGGGAGAUAAAGCUCCAUGGUGUGGAUCCCAGAAAAGGAUGGAAUUCCCGCGGUGUCCACAAGGCAAUUAUAUGUGGCAAAGUUGGACAAGCUCCUGUGCAGAAGAUAUUGAGAAAUGGACGAACUGUAACUAUCUUUACAGUUGGAACAGGAGGCCUUUUUGAUCAGAGAGUAAUAGCAGACAAGGACUUGCCUAAACCAGCUCAGUGGCAUCGCAUUGCAGUACACAAUGAUAUGCUUGGGGCUUAUGCAGUUCAACAACUUACUAAAAACUCCUCUGUUUAUGUUGAGGGUGACAUUGAAACCAGAGUCUACAAUGAUAGCAUCAAUGGUGAAGUUAAAAGCAUACCAGAAAUUUGUGUGCGCCGGGAUGGAAGGGUUCGCCUUAUAAAAGCAGGAGAAAAUGUCAGUGAUAUAUCUUUUGAUGAGCUGCGUGUAGGAUUGCUUUAGUGGAGCCCCCUUCAAGAAUUGUUUAAGGUUUUAACGGUGAGCUACUCAUAAUGAACAAAUGAUGCUAUUGUUGGGAAGUAUAUUCUUGUAGUUCGUAAGAAUUUUAAUUUUCUGUUUCCAUUUACAACUUGAAUAUUAUCUUUCCCAACAGCUAUUAACUACUUUAUCUUAUUGUGUUCAAAGAAAAGCAUGCACUUUUCCUCCUUUUUGUUUUUGUUGAACAAUGGAAAGAGGGGAAACAGUUGAAAAGAACAGCCUUUCUUCUUUUGGUCCA